AUGGAUGCCUAUGCAGCUGCCAGUGACACGUGUGGUCCUUCCGCCCUCUCUCACGCGCAAGCAACGCGCCACACUGCAUGCGGGGGAUUCACGGUGGGAACUCACAGCGGGGGAUUCACGGUGGGAACUCACAGCGGGGGAUUCACGGUGGGAACUCACAGCGGGGGAUUCACGGUGGGAACUCACAGCGGGGGAUUCACGGUGGGAACUCACAGCGGGGGAUUCACGGUGGGAACUCACAGCGGGGGAUUCACGGUGGGAACUCACAGCGGGGGAUUCACGGUGGGAACUCACAGCGGGGGAUUCACGGUGGGAACUCACAGCGGGGGAUUCACGGUGGGAACUCACAGCGGGGGAUUCACGGUGGGAACUCACAGCGGGGGAUUCAUGGUGGGAACUCACAGCGGGGGAUUCACGGUGGGAACUCACAGCGGGGGAUUCACGGUGGGAACUCACAGCGGGGGAUUCACGGUGGGAACUCACAGCGGGGGAUUCACGGUGGGAACUCACAGCGGGGGAUUCACGGUGGGAACUCACAGCGGGGGAUUCACGGUGGGAACUCACAGCGGGGGAUUCACGGUGGGAACUCACGGUGGCACAUCUUGA